CAUUUUUUUUAUAAAGGAGGAAUGUUUUAAUAAUCGGUUGAAAAAUGGCGCCUGGACAUAACCCAGUUCCCCGAGCGAGUAUUCACCGAUACACGUUGGACAACGGUUACCUACCGGUUUCAUUUUAAUUUAACUCGUUCCUUUUUUCCAUCGUCCAACGUAUCCCUCCUUCCUUUCGGGUAAGAGCUGAAAUCGUGUUCUUGCCUCACCUUGGCCGAUCUCCUUUCUUACGUUUGUGAGCGUCGUGUCGAAAGAGAUUAAGGGGCCAUUGAAGUUGCCCUUCCGUUCAAAAUAUCUCUUCUCGCUCGCACCGUUAUCACGAAAUACGAAUCGCAAAGAACUUUGACUUCCUCACGGUGCUCAUCGUUCCAAUAACAUUGAAAAAAGAGCAAUUGUACAUGAUGCAAUCCAAUGAAUACAUUUUUAAUGGGAAGAUCAAGGACCUAUCGUAAAUUCUCACGUGAUAUGCUCGUAAAUGCACGUAGAAUUUUUUAUCGAGUCCGAACGUAUGAAUGAACGUAUGCAAAUCUGGUUCACAUUAUUAUGCAUCUCCAGUCGACCGUCACCCAGAAGUCGAUGCCAGCGGAACGUUCGCCUGACAUAAUUAAUUUAUGCAAGACUCGUUUUCGAAUUUCUUCCGUCUUCUGUCGUGCAAUCAAGUUAGGAGAAAAGAGCAUGAUUAAAAAAGAGAAAACGUUCGGACAUUUCUUCUGAAUAAGUUGAACGGCUCUGGUUUCUUUGUUUAUCGCGGAUCGACCGAGGAACUGUAUUUGCCAUUGGGAAACCAACAUUUUUCACGAUGGAACCACGGGCAACGGGCGAAUUCCUCGGGUGCGCGUGUGCGCGAAGCCGACCUACCUGCCCGCUUGAAAUCGUACUCUGCGCUAACACCCUUCCGAGGGAGACCUAUAAUUUCAUGUGCAACGUUGCGCAAUCCCUUCCUUCGAUUUUAAUCCUUUUACUUUCAACGUAGAUCCCGCGAUAACUUUCUGAAACGCAUUGCUGGGAAGGACGGCCGUGCCACUCUAAAGCCAAGGAAAAGUUCUUACCGUUUCUCCCGCAUUCAAUUAUACUGCACAAUUGUCGCGAUUUAUCUGGUCGUUUCAACGUUAUGCAGACCAUCAGACGUUAACCGCGUUGUUCCCCGAGACGAGUGACUCAGAGACUUCCGCGAUUGCUCACACGUUUUCUAAAAUUAAAUGUUCUAUAUUCGAUACACUUCGAAAUGUACGACGCCAACCUAGAUAAUUGAAAUCCACGAUUCACACCGUUCGCCUUAAAGUCUAGCUACACAGACGUGAUGGCACUGCAACGGUACCGUAAUGGGAACGUAAGUCUCCGUAGGUCGCAGGACGUAAUUUUCAGUGCCGCAGUCUUUAGAACAGAGUAUAGGAAAAAGCGUGUAAAAGCAGGGAGCUCAGGGGUCCACGUUUAACACCGAAUCGGUAGGCGGGGACUGCCUGCUGUUUAGUACGGAAAAUCUCGCGCUCGGGAAACCUCGGGAGCGGAAAAACUCGAGAUCGGGAGGUUUGCCGCUUUGCUCGGCUUCUUUUUCCCUCGCUUUAUUUGCCGCUGCCGAGGUCCAGCAGGGGUCUGACUCGAGCACAACAGAUCGGGCCCGCUGAAUAUUACCCACACAUUUUUCUUUGACACGCUCUUCCCUAUUCCUCCAUUUCCCUUAACAACGUUACUGGCUGUCUGUAUUUCCGCUCUCAGGUACUCCAAUUUUGCUCGCUAGCACUGAGCGAAAUCUUGGAGUGGAAAACGCAGUAGGAAUAGGCCAUUACGGUGCUGUUGCGGUGUCGUCACGUCUGUGUAAUUAGACCUUUACGCGAUCCCAGCGAAGACCUCGAAAGCCGAGGAGAGAAAAAAUCCAAUGGACUCGCACGUUAUCGUUGCUAUCGUCGUGUGAACGCCGCUUAACGUAAUCAGGCCUGCGCAAUCGCCGGCAGUUCCAGUCGAACUGGUCUCCACGGGGUUUACCCACGUGCUGAAAGCCGCGGUCGUUCCGCAAACCGCAGUACCGCGUUAGCCGCGUUAACGAGACGAGAGUGCCUACGGCUCGUCGGUCGUUAAUUACAUUUUUCAAGUACUCUCAAUUCUCGGAUGCCUCAUUUAAAUCCGUUCGGCGAUUAGACGAACCUGUGAAAGCAUCGGACGUUUGUUAACUACAUUUUCCAAGUGGACUCUCGAUUUUCACCGAGUUUACCUUUCCAUCUGCCUGCUCGUCGUGCGAUUAAACGGCAUCGGGAACAAGCAUGGAUGUAAUGUCGAAUAAAAGGUUAUCUGAUAACAGCAGCUACGGAGGAUUGGAAAGAUGUCGGCUACUCAUAUCCAAGUUGUGAAGUGGACAUUUCCCGCUUUCGCUCUAAUCAUUGGUUUAUUGUGGUACAAACGUCGCCGAGUGGACAGAGCUGAUCCAGGUGGAAUUAAUAAUUCAGAUACCAGCGAGAAGAAUUGCGUCGAGCCGAAGAAAGCCGCCGUUUCAUCGAAGUCAAGCAUGAACUUCUACGAUUCCGGCAUACUCGACGAGUCCUUCUCGCUGAGCUCGCCCGGCGUUCCACAGGCGGAAGAGAUUGUUUGUAGCCCCAGAAAAAGAAGCGAAAGUCUAGAUAUACCGCAGAGGAAGGCCAAUUCGCAGUACAUGUCCGCAUAUUCUGGGGCAUCACCCGCAGACGAUCAAGAAUGGUACAGUUACGUAGAAACACGAGAGCCGAAGAUGGACAUACAACUGGGCAGUAAUCCGAAGAUAAGCAAUUUCGAUAUGGUCGCUAGAAGCAGAAGCGCGAGUUCCUUGGAGAGAGCCACAGAAUUGGGCGGUAAAGUAAUGAAAAUAUUCGAGAAUGUCGCCGAAGAAGAGGAGCAGAACAGAGCGGUGUGCGCAAUUAACACCGUAGAGCCGGCCGAUACGAACGAAGAGAAUGAUGCGAACAACGAGUGUAAUUACCUCCCGGGCAAUGAACCACCUGUUGCCGCUCCGACGCAAGACAGCGCUAAAACACCGGUACAAGCGUUAUCUGAAAGGGAUUCCGCUAAUCACAGUCCAGUUUCUGGCGUCCUGGAAGGCAGCGUCACGGACGAAGCCAGAAGCGAAGGGAGCACGGACAGUGGAAAGGGAGGAAGUAUUAAAGGUCACACGAAGGACAACGUGAUUCCGGCGACUUACGAGUUUAGCAUACCGCAGAAUUUAGUGGGCAGAUUAAUCGGCCGCCAUGGUAGUUUCUUGCAAAGCAUUCGACUGAAAGCUGAAGUACACAUAGCUGUGAAACGUCAUCCCGUGUGGAGGGAUCAGAAGAUAUGUGCCAUAGAGGGUUCCUCAGAAGGGAUAAAUAUCGCUUUGGACAUGAUACGACAGAAGUUCCCGGAGAAAAAGUAUCCACAAGUGACUUUAGAACAGAUUUUUCCAUUGAAAACGCCGGAACAGGUCCCGUGGGUUACCGAGAUAAUGCAAUUGUCGUUAGUGGAGGGGAUGAACAAUGAUGUAGCUGUUUGUCAUAUAGUAAGACCGAACAGAUUCUUCGUACAGCUUCCUACACACCCGACGUAUCCAUCGUUACGGGUUUUGGACGAGAACAUGACACAGAUGUAUAACACAACGGAAUCACCUCCAGCUCCAGACGAACUUAGUAAGGGUAUGAUCUUAGUUGGAAAGUGGUAUCAUAGGUGGGUCAGAGUGAUUGUUGAACAACCUGAUCCUCAGGGCGAACAGCAUUUAGUACGUCUCGUUGAUCACGGGGGUUAUUGGUUCUUUAGUAACGCUGAGAUGAAGAAAAUUAGGUCAGAUUACCUGUCGUUACCUUUCCAAGCGAUCGAAAUAUUCCUGGCGAAUAUUCAGCCAAAGGAUGGUGAGUGGACUCAAGAGGCUUACGAUGUAGUUGCUCACAUGUGUUACGGAAUUGUCGGUCAAGCUCAAAUCGAAGGUUACAUCAAUACAAACACUUAUGUUAACCUUUAUCUCAAUAUACAAAAACACGGAGUGAUAUCGCUUGCUGAUGAAUUAAUAGCUCGCGGUUUCGCGGAGUCUGUACCGUUAGAGAGCAUAGUUCCAGAAGAAGGUAUAUCAAUUUCUUAAGGUAUGCGUUAAAAAUUUAGUCUUAAUUAAUUGUAAUGUAAAAAAGAAAACCGUGCGGUGAUAAUACGUGAUCGUGUAAGUCUUAGUCACUACAUGCGUAUGUGUUAUAAUUUUGAACCAGAUUUUUCAUACUCGGAGUUUUUCACACUUCAUAUAUCCGUACGUUUUUUCCUUUGUAAAGUUUGAACGUAAACAAUACUUUCAAACGUUGCAUAGACUUCUUCAUGCUGUUUUUGAUUCUCUGUUAUAUUGAUUAAGUUUAAAUCGAUUUACAUGACAGAAUAGCGUGCAUCCUCGAUAUGUUCAGAAUCAUUGGAGACAUUUGUAAGAGGGAGCUUAUAUUUAACGAGCAUUUACAAAAAUACUCCUCGCGUAUGAUUUGUGACUGGUACAAAUGUGAGCUAUUAUUUUUAGAGUGUGGCAUUUUUACGUACAUGGUAAAUGGAACUUUUUUAACAUUACCUCUCUGCACGCGUGGCGGGUGGGUAAAGAUUAAAUCAGGUGUUAAAUAAUCAGCGGGUGUAACAGUAUCAUUCUCGUACUUAUGCUAUUAAGGCAUAUGCGAUAGAUUCGUUAAAUGCCAAAUGUAUAAUACAUAUGUAAUAUGUACGGAACGCCACAUUCUAGCGGCAAGCAAAUCGAAUAACAAGCGAUUAAACGAUGAUGGACCUCUGUACAUUUAAUACGAUAUCCGCACUAUUUGUAACGUCGGAUCAUUUAUUUUAUGGGGUGAUAGUGUUGUAACAUACGUUUUUUCUAAUCUGUAGUGGAAAAAGGGGUGGACGUUUUUCACGGGUCGCGAAAGCCAUAGGUGGUAUCACUUUUACUUCUGAAACUAUAUAGCGUUUCCUUUGUUGUCUCUCUUUGUCGAAGACGAAUCCUGCAGAUGCUGAUCGCAAGACUGCUUCGAUGAUCGAUCGUAAAUUUCAACCGCAAUUGUAAUUGAAUCGAAAAUGCUGAGACUGUUAACAGGGGAAAUGCCACUACGUGUUACUGCGUCCGCGUAAUUUCUAUUUAGUUAUCCGUUUUCUAAGCAGAUUUCACAACAUACUUCUGUAAAUAGUGUAACAUUACUGCUCCGUUUAUAAAAUAUUUAUAAAGUAUAUAUAUAUAUAUAUCUCUUAUAUGAUAAAAUGAAAAAACAAUGGUUAGACGCUAGCUAGCUCUACACAGUGAUAAAUAUGACAAGAUAAAGAUUAGCAACAAAUUUAUAUAUAUUUUACACUUCUUAUCUUAAACGUUGAUAGAGAAUAGUGAUUCGCAUUGUAACUAAACCGGACGAAUCUGGAAAUUCGCUGCUCCACGUUUGACUUGUACCAUCUAUUACAGGUCAAAUUUGUUUAUUCUCAAACGUGAUUUUUAGUGUAAAUCAUAGGAAUAGAAAACUUAUUUUGUCUAAAUUGUAUAUCAGAUCAUUUUUUCGAUUCCCUAUUUUUUUUUUUCUUUUUCCUUUUUCUCACGCUUCAUUCGCGAUUAGAGGGAAGUAAAUACGAGGACAUGUAAAAACAUGAAAUACUUUGAGAUUAUUUCGAGAUUGUUGAAAUCUUUUACAAUCAAUAUUUUUUGUACAUUUAACGUUAAAAGCUUGUCGUAUAAUUUAUCUUAUGUUGAACGAUUAUUAACUGGAGUUUACUUUAAUUGAUGGAUGAGAAAUUAUACUUCCCAUAAUUAUUUUUCUGCGUGGUUAUUAAUGUGGUUAUUCAUUUCUUUCCGUGAGAAUCUGUUGCUUCCGGUUUAUUGCGGCAGGUGAACUAUCAAUUCAUUAUCGGAACAACUUUUUUCUCUCUCUCUUUCUAACGAUUGUUUCUUGUCUUAUGAUAGCUACGCAACUGCUAUCGAGCAGUUCGCGAAAAGACUGACUGUCUUUUCUAUAGAGUGUACGAUGUGUAUUGUUUAUAAUAUAUUUAAUCAUGGUGUGUUGAACAGCUUUACUUUCAAUCGUAUUUCUUAAUUGAAGGGACAACAUAAAGUAUAUCUCGUGAUAAAACUGGUAAAGAAUUGUGAUUUGUAACUUUGCAACUGAAAAACCGACACUUUUCAGAGAACUGUUACACGUUGAUAUAAUGUAUUUACCGUUCAUUAAUAACGCGAACACGAUAAAGCUACUUCUCUAGGGUUACGAGUAUAAAAUAGAAUUUAUUAAGCCGCUCACUUAUUAAACUGCAUGUGCUUCGAUGUAUCACCGUCGUGAAACAAAAAAAAGUAUGCGAACUUUUCUAACGGAUCGAAACGGAUCGAAACGGAUCAAAACGGAUCAAAACGGAUUUUUUAUGGCCAGAGCUAGAGAAAUUAAUUCCAUUCGUGUGCAUCGCAACGAAAUUGUUAUUACACGGUCACUUUUACUUCGAACAUUCGGUACAUCUAUCCAAACAGAAGUACAGAUAUAAUAAGAUUUUGUUUGCGUGAAUAUUCUCAAAUCUUUAAGUAGUAUACAAUUUACGUUGCGUGCAUGUAAAUAGCAUAUACACAACAUCCGAUUACUCGUCUCUCUUACGGUUUCAUUUGUCAUUAUCGAUUAAAUUAAGCUCAUUUUGUAUAUAUACUUCAAUGUAAUCUUCGGCGUUUUCAUUAAAUUUGCAUCAUUUUAAUUA